AUGGAGAAGUCUGAUGAAGAGACUUUGAGAGAAAACACCCUUGAGAUAAUCAAGAAAUAUGUAGACAAGUACACCGACAAUUAUAUAAUCUCGUUGCAUUAUCUAAGUGUUCCAAUAAUAAUCAGUUAUGGAAAAAGAAUUCCAGAAAAUGAAAAGUUUAGAACAAUCAAUGAGUAUAUAGAAACACAAAAGGAGGUGAUUAAGAUUCUAAUGAUGGAGAAAGCAGAGUAUAUAAAAGGAUUCUACUUUAUCAAAAGAACAAUUGAGAGUAGAAAAACCAUUCUAGAGUCAGCUGAUCAAGAUACAUUUGAGAGUAGAGCAGCAAGAAGUGGACUUGAGACAUACACAAUCAAUGAAUUACGAAUGACAUGGAAAACUAAUAGGUACAAGUAUCUAACAAAGGCAUUGAUUACAAAGACAGAGAAGUUGUAUUUACCAAAUGAAGACCAUCCAUUGUACAAGUCAUUUACAGACUUUUUGAAGAAUACAUACAAACGAGGAGUGGAUCGAUUCAAGACAUUCAUCUGUGUUGGAAGUACUUACAUAGGAAAGAGUGUCUUCUUCACAAAGUUUAUUGUUCCUGAUGAGUAUUACAUUUAUCAUUCAAACAAUCUUGAAUACAGUAAAAUGUCAAAUCAGCCACAUAAAAUAUUCCGAAUCUUAGAUGAUAUUAAUUGGAGUGAAGUGAAAAGUACCGAGUUGAAAGCAUUGAUGAACAGAAACAUCUCGAGUGUUGAUAUCAAGUAUGGGUAUGAAUACAUCUUCCCAUUGAUUCCAAUCAUCAUAGUCAACAAAGAAGAUUACAUCAAUUUCCAGAGACAUUUCAGUGACAUAUGGAAGUUUAUUGAACGAAAUGCUGUGAUUUAUCCUGAACAGAAAGAGGAGUGUAUAGAAGAAGAAAGACCGAUCUUCACACAAAAAGAAGUGAGAGGAGAAUACAAGUAUCUUUUUGAUUCGAUUAUUCCAGUCAAUGAGUUAAAGGAGUGUGAUACAGUCAAUAUGAAUGAAUGGAUUAAAAAGGAGUUAAAUGAAAAGCAUGGAUAUAUCUAUGACAUUCAGAAGUACAUCCAAUUACCAAGUGAGAAAGAGAUUAAACUUCCCAAUCCAGAAAGACAGAAGAGGAAGAUUCUUGAAGAUUAUGAGGAGUAUUUAAUGAGAAAGAAGAAAGCAAUCAUUGAGUCAGAAAUCCAAAGAGUCUCAAAUCGAAGAAGAAGAGAAGAUAAAGAACAGAGUGAUGAAGAGAAAGACAGAAAAUGUGAAGAUGAGAGGUAUGAAGAUGAGAAACUGAUAGAGAGUGAGACAGACUAUAGCACCACUAAUUCAGAAGAUGAAUACUCAGGAGAAGACAAAGAAGAAACAGAUACGGAAGAAGUAGAUGAUGGAUUCAUUGAAUUAUAA